UAGCAGGAUGCUUGUAGCCUGGUAGAGAGUGAGUGGCCGCCCCAGGCUCGAUGCCCCUGGCCAGGCCGCCCUAUGGAGCUCGAGAAUAUUGUAGCCAACACCGUGUUGCUGAAAGCCAGAGAGGGUGGCGGGGGAAACCGGAAAGGAAAAAGUAAAAAAUGGCGUCAGAUGUUACAGUUUCCACAUAUUAGUGAAUGCGAGGAGUUGAGAAGAACCCUUGAGAGGGAUUAUCACAGUCUUUGUGACAAACAGCCAAUCGGUCGCCGUCUUUUUCGCCAGUUUUGUGAAACAAGACCAGAGCUUUUACGAUGUGUCCGAUUUCUUGAUGCAGUGGUUGAGUAUGAAGUUUCACCUGAUGAAAAACGCAGAGAAUGUGGGAGGCAGCUGAUUGAAAAGUAUCUCAGUAGUUCGAGUGAAGACUACAUCUCCGAGGUUCCUAUAGAGCUGGUCAGUGGCUGCAUAGAGAGCCUAGAAAGUGAGCCUUGCAAAGAACUUUUUAAAGAUUGCUCCAAGCUUGUUCAUGACUUCCUCAGUAUGGCUCCAUUUUCAGAUUACAUAGAUAGCUUAUAUUAUAACCGCUUCCUGCAGUGGAAAUGGCUUGAGAGAGGACCCGUUACAAAGAACACAUUCAGACAGUACAGAGUUUUGGGCAAGGGUGGCUUUGGCGAGGUAUGUGCGUGCCAAGUGCGAGCAACCGGGAAGAUGUAUGCUUGCAAGAAAUUAGAGAAAAAACGCAUUAAGAAACGGAAAGGCGAGUCCAUGACUCUGAAUGAGAAACAAAUCCUAGAGAGAGUCAACAGCAGGUUUGUAGUUAGUUUGGCUUAUGCGUAUGAAACAAAAGAUGCUCUCUGCCUGGUGCUCACAUUGAUGAACGGAGGAGAUCUGAAAUUUCACAUUUACCAUAUGGGUGAAGCUGGAUUUGAAGAGGAUCGCGCAGUAUUCUAUGCAGCUGAAAUUUGCUGUGGGCUACAGGAUUUACACAGUGAGCGAAUAGUGUACAGAGAUUUGAAACCUGAAAACAUUUUGCUGGAUGAUGACGGGCAUAUUAGAAUCUCAGACCUUGGGCUUGCUGUUCAAAUCCCGGAAGAUCAGACCAUCAAAGGCAGAGUAGGCACUGUUGGCUACAUGGCACCGGAGGUAGUUAGGAAUGAGCGAUAUACAUUCAGCCCAGACUGGUGGGCACUUGGCUGUCUAUUGUAUGAAAUGAUCGAAGGACAAUCUCCGUUCCAGCAAAGGAAAAGGAAGAUAAAACGAGAGGAAGUGGAACGCCUGGUUAAGGAAGGGCAGGAGGAUUAUUCUGAUAAGUUCUCUUCAGACGCAAAGUCUCUCUGUACCAUGUUGCUAUGUAAAGACCCUAAGCAGCGUUUAGGAUGCUGUGGAGGAGGUGCUCAGGAAGUAAAAGACCAUCCACUGUUUAAAAAUAUUAAUUUUAAGAGGCUUGAAGCUGGGAUUUUGGAGCCGCCUUUUAAACCAGAUCCUCAGGCCAUUUAUUGUAAAGAUGUUCUGGAUAUAGAACAGUUCUCUACUGUAAAAGGGGUGGAAUUGGAGCAGACUGACAGUGACUUUUAUCUCAAGUUUGCCACCGGCAGUGUGUGCAUCCCCUGGCAGAAUGAGAUGAUUGACACUGAUUGUUUUUGGGAUCUGAGUGCGCUGCCCACAGAUGGAGGCACUCCCCCUGAUUUAGACUGGAGGGGGCUUCCUUCACCAGAGCCAAAAAAAGGCCUGCUGCAGCGGUUUUUUAGCAGACGGGAAUGCUGUGGCAAUUGUAGUGACAGUGAAGAUGAACCAACUCGCCUAUAGCUCUCACGGAACCUCAGAAGAUUUCUCAAAGUUGAACCAGUUUACAAUUUUUUGCACAUUCAUAGCCAUACACUCCUGCUUAAAGGGGUUACAGAACAGUGCCUCCAGUUUCUCCCGGAGCCGGUGUGUUAAAGAUAAUAUUGUAAUGUCUAAAUUCAGAUGUAUAACUAUAGGAAUGUAUAUUUUCAGUGGUUUUAAAAAUCCUAUUCCCAUCUUAUAGACUUCAAUAACACCACAUACCCUUGCUACCAGAGGCCAAAGGACUAUUACACUGGCCAAGCAAGAACAACUAUGCUUAAGGAAAUAUCCUCGAAAAAGUUGAAUCCUUUGUUUGUGUAUGUGUGUUAAGAGAUUUUUAUUUUAUUUUUUAGCAUAUUUACAUAUAUGUCAAAUAAUAAGUUAAUGAAACGAACAUUUUCCUCUACAAAUCAAAAUUUUAAGAAUAGAAAUGGCUCCAAUAUAUUGUGCAUUUCAUUUUUUUUUCGUUUAAAUUAUAUAUACAUGUAUAUUUUUUUUUAUUUUGUUUUGUUAAUGAAUACCUGCUGAAACUCAGAAAAAAAAUGUGAAAUAACUUUUUUUUUAACAAAAAACAUAAAAACCAAUGAGCUAUAUAUCAUAAACCCUAAUUUAUUUACAUUUUUUUUGUGUCUCACACUGGUAACUUAGUGUUUUAAAAGCAAAUGUUUGUUUUGAUAUUUUGUCCUGUUAAAUCACACAUUAUUUAUGCAUUCAAGGACCAUAGUAGGCGAAUAGAAGUCAAUUCUACCUGUCAAUUCUUCCAGAAUAGUUGAAAGGACCAUUGUAAGUGGCAAUUUUCAUUGGUUAGAUGCAUGCUUCACUAAAGCUGCAAUAAACCAUUCAUUUUUCAGAGCGUGACACCAGCUGAUAAAAGCAAAUAUUUUUUUUUAUUUUUUUUGCACAGGGUAGAGCAGGGUUUUAGAACUUAUUCCAAGUUCUGUUAUAUGUCCACUCCUCUCAUCCUAGUUGUAGGAGGUAUACCAAAGCACAAAUCACCCACUCCAAUGUGCUGUGAUACAAUAAUAUCAUACUCCUUCUGGUUAUUAGAAAAACAUUCCUAUGCAUAGCUUUGCUUCUUGUGCAUAACUCAUCUUUGACUUUUUUUUUUUUUUUUUUUUUAAGCAUGCAAAAAGGCCUAUAUCUACUCUUACUCCUAUUACUUGGUAGAGGUGUGGAAUAUAAAGCCUUACAAAUGAUUCUGACACAUGUGCCUUUGUACUUGUUUCCAGAGCACUACUUUCUUCCCGUGCUGCUGCUGUCAAAAUUUUUUUUUUUUAAUUUUUUUUUUUUAAUUUUUUUUUUUGUUAAUGGGUUUAGUAUAGCACUCAAGUAAUUUCCCAUCUUUGAGGAUCUGACUUGUUUUAUUUGUAUUUUUGUUUUUCUUUCUGGAUUUUAUACAUUUUUUUUU